CUUGAUCAUUGUUUACAAAUGGCCGACAAGUGAAUAUUUCAACUGUUUUUCAACACCAUUUUCUCAAUCGUAUUUCUUCGAUUCUGACCAUGUCAGACCGACAGGUCCAUUUGAAGUUUGGAGGAAAUGCUGCUGCAAGUGUUGAUGCAUAUUUAGAAUACAAAAGGAUUGUAGGGGAGGAUGAUGGAGGUGUUAUGUUUACCCCUGAUCAGUAUGAGGCAUACAAAAAAAGAGUCUUACCAAUGCGUAUGAAGAAUAGAAUAUUUACAGCCUGGACAUCACCAAAUGGUAUGGAUUGUAAACUGAUUGGCCCAGAAACAAAAUGCUUCUGUCAGCACAAAUACUCUCAGCACAAAACAGAUUUUGAGAAGAUUCCAACAGAGCGCCCAAUUCUCUUGCCGUGUAAAGUGAAGGGUUGUGGUUGCCGUAGUUACCACUAUGUUCCACAGAAUGGUACACAGCCAAUCAGAUGUAAAUGUAAACAUUACACAGAUGAACACACUGCUGUUCCACCUCAUAAAUGCAAAAAUGGAGGCUGUAAGUGUUCCGGGUUUACGAGUUCCUAUACCUGUGGGUGUGGGCAGCCGUAUGAUGUACAUAAUAUGAUUGUAGAAACAAAGGAGGAAAGAGUGGCCAGGGGUCAUCCUGUAGGUCAAGAUGUACCAUAUCAAGCUAUGGGUGGUCUUACAGGGUUCUCUUCCCUGAUGGAAGGGUACAUGAGACUCGACCCUAGUGGUAUAGGAGCUCCUCCUGAAGAAUUUUUAAAUCAGCCAAUCACAGCAUCAGAUCAUCCUUUCCUCAGAGCUAAUGUUGAAUCUAUCAAACAUCACAGAAUCAAUCAGAGAGCUAUAGCAGGCAGAUCUGACACAGUGGACACAGUAGAUGAAGAUCUUGCUGAGAGAAUGUCAGCAAUGAAGAAACCUGGAGAGUCAGAUAUGGACUUUUAUGAGAGGCGGUAUCAGGAAAGACAAAAAGCAGAGAGGGAGAGAGCAAGAGGAAGUCGAGCAUUGCCUGCUGGGAAACUGGCUGUUGGGAGAAGAACUACAGCACCAAGAAAGUGAUUCAUUACAUCAAAGGAUUUAUAAAAAUGUUCAUUAUUGUAAUAUAUAUUGGCAAACAAUAUCAAUGUGGAUGUGGUAUCAUUAUGCAAUUCAGCUGCACUUUUGGCUGUUUAUAUUUUGUAUCAGUGGAAGAAUCAACCGAUGGAAAGAUUGCUGAGUUGUGAUUCUCAAAUGUAUUCUAAAACUUUCUAGACUCAGGCAUUAAACUUUCCUUCCUGUUCUUAAAAGUAUUAUUACCUCACAGAUUGAAAACAUUUAAUAAAUCACACCGAGAUAUUUGUUAUAAAUUCAUUCAUCCUGUUCAAUAUUCGUGUUUAAUUUUGGAAUGCUGUUAAAAACUGAACCACGACUUUUAUGGAUGUUUUAGCAAUUGAUGCUAAAUUUGAAGUAACAAAAAAUCUGUUUAUUUUUUUCUGUUAAAAACUGUUGGAAAUAUUGUUAAUUAUGAUGAAUGAUAUUAUGAACCUCAUAUCAAGUUAAUGUAUUACUAGUACUUUAUUUAGCUCAAACGUCUAUAUUGUGAAACUACAUUGAUAUUUUGGUUGCCUAUAAAGAUGUUUGUGACCUAGUCUAAAAGAACCGGUCAAAUGUGUUUUUUAUUUAUUGUUUGAAGCUGAUUUGUCUGUGAUAAAUUAUUUUUUAUAUUAUUUUAUUCAAAUAUAGAUGUUGAUUUGUUAUAAACAU